CCGAUACUCUACUCCCAUCCGGAGCAAUCAAACUCUCAUGUUGGUGCUCCCCCGGGUUUGUAGCCCACCAGAGCCACUUGGGAGUUUCUCUUACGUCUCACCACAGUGAUUCGGUGUGAUCGUCGUGGCAAACCUAUCUGAUCUCCCGCCGGCCCACAACCUUCCACAGAGCUUCUUCACCGGUGGUGGAGGAGAGAAAAUCUGAAUUCAAGGUCGUGGUGCUUGCGUAAGGCAAGAUGAGUCAAAGCAUGAGCCUCUUCCAGGCUCUUUUUUCACUAUCGAGUUCUGUUUCCAGACUCACGCCCGUUAUUUCAACAUGAGCGCUCAGAUCGUUGAUCCGCCUCCUGUUGCUGCAGACCUGGAAGAUGGUCCGCUGGAGAAGCGUAUCGAUAAGAAGCUGGAUGAGGAUUCGCCUUCCGUCCCGGUUGACGCGUUUGGGGACGAGGAGAAUGCAGAAGUCAAGUACAAAGUGCUGAAAUGGUGGCAGUGUGGGCUACUCAUGGUUGCAGAAACUGUGUCCCUGGGAGUGCUAUCGCUCCCCGCUGCCGUCGCAAAGCUUGGUCUCGUUCCCUCCGUCAUCCUGCUCGUUGGUCUGGGCAUCCUAUCAACCUACACCGGCUACGUGAUCGGCCAGUUCAAGUGGAGGUACCCGCAUAUUCAUAGCAUGGCAGACGCCGGUGAGGUGCUCAUGGGUCGCUUCGGACGCGAGCUCCUGGGUACCGGGCAGAUCCUGUUCCUGGUCUUCAUCAUGGCCAGUCAUCUGCUGACCUUUACGGUGGCCAUGAACACCAUCACUGGCCAUGCCACUUGCUCCAUUGUCUUCGGGGUGGUUGGACUGGUUCUUUCAUGUAUCUGCUCACUGCCUCGUACUUUAUCAAAGAUGUCUUGGCUGUCGCUAGUGUCAUUCGCUAGCGUCGUCUCCGCCGUGUUUGUCACUAUGAUUGCCCUGGGAAUCACCCAGCCAGGAUCCGGAGUCGCAGCCACCGUCCCGACGACUCUGUACACGGGGUUCGGCGCAGUGACCAACAUGGUAACUGCUUUUUCCGGCCACGUCGCCUUUUUCGGCCUGAUGGCCGAAUUGAAAGACCCGCGCGACUACCCGAAAGCCCUCUGCCUACUACAGGGCAGCGAUAUCUCGCUGUAUCUGAUCGCGGCGCUGGUGAUCUACCGAUAUGCCGGCGUGGAUGUGACGUCCCCCGCGCUCGGAUCCGCAGGCCACACCGUCGCCAAGGUGGCGUACGGGGUUGCCCUACCCACUAUCGUGAUCGCGGGCGUGAUCAACGGCCACGUUGCCGUCAAAUACGUGUACGUGCGGCUCUUCCGGGGCACGUCCCGCAUGCACGGCCGCGACUGGCUUGCGGUGAGUUCGUGGAUCGGCAUCGCGUUCUCUCUCUGGGUAUUGGCUUGGGUCAUCGCCGAGGCGAUCCCCAUCUUCAGCGAUCUGCUCUCGCUCAUCACCGCCUUGUUCGCCAGCUGGUUCACCUACGGUCUCGCCGGUCUGUUCUGGUUACAUCUCAAUCGGGGCCGGUACUGGUCGUCUCCACGCAAGAUGCUCCUCAGCGUCCUCAACCUGUGUAUUGUGGGGAUGGGCGCCUGUCUGUGUGGACUAGGCUUGUAUAUCUCUGGCAAGGCGAUUCAUGAUGAUACUGCAGGGGUGAGUUUUUCUUGUGCCAACAAUGUAUAACAGUAUACACCCAAUAGUUAUAUAGAUAUCCUUUUAUUACUAUGAUAAGUCUAGUCAUACAAUAGUACAGACGCGAAAAAAAAAAAGUAACGGG